UCGUCGAAUCUUUUCCUGGAGUUUUUGUCUGUAGCUAAGCCCGCACUUUAAGGCUUCAGAAAUGUUUUCAUAGGCCACAUGGAUAAUUUGUCAGUUUCUCUUUGGUGUUUCUUAGUGAUUGCAUAAAAUUCUCGUUUAUCUGUUACUACAAGAAUAGAAACACUCUUGAAAACCCGAAUAACUUCCAUUAGGACCAGUUAAGAGUAGCUGAUAUGACGCAAAAACGUUUGAUAAUGCGGCCUCAGAUUCCUGUCCUUGAACAUGGCUGGCUCUCACAAAAACAGACUACGGCCAGCAGUGUAAACAAAUGUAAGGUGAAGGUAACUGCCACACGCCUCCGCUCGCCACACGGUGCUUCCACCCUCCCACGUAUGAGCUUGGUAAAUUUUUAAGAUUCCACCAGAAUUACUUUCUCUUAAUGUGCAUAACGUUAAUAUUUUAAAUAUUUUAUAGGCAACCAAAAUAUAAGUCUCGGUGUUAUGUAAGUGACGACUAAAGUAACUAAAGGGGAAAAUAAUAAAUGUUUCAGCUCACAGUAUUCAUUUCUUGAAGUACAAACACAUUCACAUAACUUCAUUUCACCUUGCAUUUUUUUUUUUUUUUUUUUUUUGGUGGGGGGCGGUAGGGAACAGGCAAGGGGCGACUGCGACAUGCUUCAUCUUACCGCCUGCGUUACUGAUAAUGUUGUGUUACCUCCAUUAUUAUUAUCUACUAUGGUGUUUGUGGAUCCUUUCUAUAACGGCAGCCUCUUGUGCGUUAUCGCAGUGACACUCAAUCCUACCGAUGGCGGAAGCACGAAGCCCAGCAACCCAGCAAUGACCUCUUUGGUUCACGAGGCAGUUCAGCUCAAAAAAAGUAUCACUUUCAUUAAACUAUUGCAAAGCAGGUGCAUGACUGUUUUGUAGGGUUGAGCGCAGCGUUGCUUGCGGCAGUGUUGGACAUUGUGGCUACCGAGGCAUCACUUCACUUACCAUAGAAUCUGAUGUAGAAUAAGAACAAAACGUUAGCGAAAUUUACCGUUGUUAUCUUCAGGAUGCCAUUAAAUAUCAACAAAAAUAAGUCGUAAGAAAUAUAAAGUUUUCACCAAUUAAUUUUCUUUUAAGAUUUUUUUUUUUUUUAUCUAGUCUAUGAAGUUUUUAGUAUCACAGUUCAGACUCAUUAACAUGAAAUGUCAGCUAAAUUUGUUUUGCGUCGCUAAUAAUUGUUUACUGUAAAGAAGAUUUUUUUUUUUUCAUUCUCAUGUUACUUUCAGCUUUUGAAAUAUCUUAUAUAUGACGUAACUAAACCGAAAUUAUGCGUUAGAACUCAAGAAAAUAAGGAGACGGCGAAAAACAGUUCCACUUGGAGCAUUCACAAGGCAGCCCCUGAACAUUCACAAGGCAGCCCCUGAACAUUCACAAGGCAGCCCCUGAACAUUCACAAGGCAGCCUCUGAACAUUUACAAGGCAGCACCUGAACAUGCACAAGACAGCUUCGUGGAAGGUUCAGCGUGCCACAACGUUUCAUCAUGCCUUUAUGCAAUUAUGGAGAAAGCUUCUCUGUUUCUUCCAGUCACUGUGACAGGGCACUUUCCCGUUGUCGCGACGAUCGAUAUCCAGAGGCAUACAGUGUGGUUCCAACAGUCGGGAAGGAGAGAGGGAAGCAGAAGGGAAGAGUUAUACUUCUGCAUUCUAUAUUGGAUUAAGUUGUUCAUGUGUCCCAUCAAAACGGGAAAUACAAGCCAGAGUUUGCCAUAGUGCCAAGCUGAAGCAGAAUGCAAGUGUUGCGUGUGUUGCGUGGUGCACUGGGCUGCGUGCGGCUGCUGGGAGGCUUUCCCUACACGUGGGACUCUGCAAGUGGCUUCUUUAUUCGAAGGAAACCGUUGCUCGUCUGGACCGUGACCAUCAGUCUCUUUAUUAUCAUCCUCACGUCAUUGUCAGUGAUCAUGUUUGAACUAAAAGGAGGGAAAGACAUGCCAGUGAUCAAGCUGACAACACUGAAGGUGAUGAGCAAAUCAUGGAAUAUAGCUAUUGUGUGUAUGACGAUGAACGGCGUCAUCGCCCACCGCACACUGGCAAAAGUUGUUCAAGGCAUGAUCGAGCUUCCUGGCUGCCAGAAACACCGCUUCAGCAAGCUGGACAUCAUAUUUGUCAUGGUGUCAAUAAUAAUGGCUCUCGUACAUAUGGUAUCCAUGGUAAAUAUUAGGACGACUGGCCUCAUCCCCUACAUCGAUACCCUUACUCAGGUGGUAUGGUUCACGGGCAUCCUACCCUGUGACACAACCCUCUUUUUGUUUCCUCUGCUCUUUCACAUCAUGUGCACAUACAUCUCCAUUGCUCUUGAAGAUGGCUUCCAGUUCUGCAGCGCCGUCAUGAAGGAAAGAAAGAAAGCUGACUCAAAAGCUGUGUUAGACUCAAAGGACAAGACGAGUACAGCAGCGCUUGUCAACUUCAGUGCCAAAUUUGGAGUUUUUCUGUCUAACGCUACUGACUUAGUGUACCACAUCAACGACAUCCUGGAGGGAACAGUGACAUACUUCAGCGUCCCAGUGGCGACAACUUUGCUAAACGAAACUCUCUGCUUCACCAUUAUAAGCUUCCUCAAUAUAAACGAAGGAGUCUCCUUCCACGCGGCUAUCUUUACUAUUAUUUUCUUCAUAGGUAGCUUCACGCGGACAGCUCUUAUCUUGGCUGGACCGGAGCGUCUACUAGCCAAGAGACUCAAACUAAUAAGACUCCUACGACGGCUGAAGAUGUGCACGCCCAGUGCGAUCGAAAAGCAGGAGAUGGAUGACGCCAUCACCGCUCUCCAGGACGGACCCGCCUUCAGGAUCUAUGGCAUAUUCACCCUCGGGCCACACUGCUUCCUCUCGAUGGCUAGCUUCGUCACCACCUACGUCAUCAUCGCUUACCAGCUGGACACGAGUGAGAAGGCUGUGAUGCGCAACCCCGCCAACCUCCAUUACCACCAAUAGGUAAAGGAGACUGUACAAAAGCUGGAAAGGGAGGAAUAAAAGAUGAACCAGGAAAGAAAAAAAAAAUGUAAAUAACAGCUCUUUCCACCACCUCUGCAUUCCUGCAUGAAAUAAUAAUGCACGAGUUGCAAUGUU